AUGUGUUUAGGCGGAGAAGUUCGCGCCUCGUCUUCGCCGAUUUCGCGGAGUUCGCUGUUGACGGUGGCGCUUUGUUUACGCAUUCCGCCGCUCGCCCGGGAACCGCCCGCUGACGUCAAUGGCGGAUCUGGUGCGGGGGUAAAAAUAACGCGGCGACUCUCCGCGCUCCGGUGCAGCGAGCUCACGCCGCUCGCCACGGGAAGGGCGCAUAAGCCCGAGAUCAAAGCCAAUGCAGCCGAGGUAUCUGCAGCUUGCACGGUGGGAGCGCUCGAGUCUGCGGCGACCAAUCCUAGACCGCCCACCGCUCAACGGUCUAGCCAGCGUGUUUACGGCGCUCCUUUGUCCGAGCUAUUGCCAAACGUUGGCCAGGUGCCAACCGAUCCUCCCGGCGUCAGGAUGAAACGCCGUCGUUCUCCCCUGGCCUUCCCGCCGGGCAGGCCCAGGCGUCUCGCUUCACCUCAGUACCCGCCGGGCGCCCGACGCGACCGCCCGUGCCCACGGCCAAACUCGGCCAGAGUUUCGUGCGCAAACUGUUUACGUCCGCGAGGGCAUAUUGUGAAUUUCACGUGCAGUGGUCGGUGGCAUUUGAUCGGUAAUUCGGACGCGAUGACUCAGCCCAACGGCUUCAGGAUCUCAGUCCUCGUGCGGCGC